CGAAUGGCCCCAUUCCUAGACUUAACUGCUGAUCACACUAAAAGCCUCUUUGAAGGCUGUUGCCGAACAUUCUACGUCAGCAAGGCGUGAUAUUGACUGGGGAGGGCCUUGUCUAUGAAAUAAAUCGCACCUGGAUCGCAUCUUCAUCAUAGUUAGUUCAAACGACUGAGAUUUGUCCGCAGUUUAUGCAAAUUAGAUUUUUUUCGGUAGAUGUCAUGUGCACACCCUUCCCAGACAGUAUAUUAUGUCUGUUUAACUCAAGGUGCUUGGCGAUAGUCCUACGUUUAAGCGCAAUAUGAUUACAGCAGACCAGCCCAGGUUUGAAUCGACGACCUCCACACAGCGUUUGCGCAUAUUUUGAAUUUUAUGGUAUUUCAUCCAAGUGACCUGCGAAAUGGAUUAAUACUGGCACUAUAAAUAUAGAUGUGAGUGGGUGAAGACGUAGACUCCGAGGCAGAAGAACGCAAUUUAAAUUUUGGCACACACGACAGUUUACUGCUAAAGAAUCUAAAACAAAACCGAAACUGCAAGCUCAUUACUUUUACAGCGAAGCGAGCGGCUUCGACAUCAACAGCUCUCGCUUUCGCCUUUUCUUUUAUUCGUUUAUUUUUUCUCCUUUCUUUUUUUUUUUUGGCAACUUUUUGAUAGCGUCAGCUGGCUGUGGCGGCGGUGGCCAUGUGACCACGAGGCGUGACGCAUUGUGCAUGCAAUGGGCGCCUCCGCUGGACCGGUGGCCGGUGGGGUAUCGUCAGCUACUGUCUAGAGCGUGCCCUGUCGUCGCGCUGCUUGCUGCUGCUUGCGUUAUUGAUAUGACCUUGCGGCCAGACAACGGCUACGCCGGGGGGUACUUGUAGAGAACGGAUGCGUGACGAGCGCUUGGCUCAACACUUUUCUGCGGUGGCCGACGGGACGGGCGCAGCAACAGGUUUCAUUAAAAUGUCUAAAACUUUGGAGAGAAAGUGCUCCGAGCGGCUCUGCAAAAACGGCGAAGUGAACAAUACCAGAUCUAGACUGCCAGAAGCUGCCGACAUAGUGGAAGUGCUCAAGAAAAGAUUAGCCUUCCUUUCAGGAGGAGUUGACAAAAAUGGCUAUACAUUACUGUGUGUACCUGCACCAUGUGAUGACUUCAUGUUGCAAGACUUCAGGGAAACACUAGUCUACCUUAGAGGACUUAUGGAUGAGGAUGAUGAUGGAAAAGUGACUGUGGUGGUGCAAGGCGACAGUGCUUGGGGCAAGAAACUUGAUUGUGUCAAGGCGACCAUGCAGGAAGUGCUGGGUUCAAGGUUGAACGCCAUCCUAGUCCACCACCCACACAAGACCUGGGAUGCCCGGUCGUCCUUCAGGGAAAAACACACCUCACUGCUGAAGAAUGUGACGCAGCCCAAGCUGUUCAAGCUAGUCAGUCCCCUGCAAUUGACCCCCGAAUUCGGUGGUACCUUGCAGUAUGACCAUCUUGACUGGUUGAGCAGGCAGUUGGCUGUGGAGAAGUAUGUGAAGGAGGUGCAGCUUCUGGUGAAGCACACAGAUGGUGCACUGAGCGCCUGCCGUAGUCAACAGGGGUCGGCCAGGUCUCCUCGUAUCCCCCUCGAAAUUGGCCCUACCAUGGUGGAGGUGAUUGCCAGAACAAUCCAAAGUGGCCAAAGGUUGCUAGACAGCCUUCAGGUGGAUGUGGAGUUUGGCUUCAAGUCUCACUGUGGCCGGAGAAUGGCCAAGGAAAGGGCCACUGCCUAUCACAAGGUGAAAACUGCCCUGGACACCGUACUAGAACUGCAACAGUCCUUCCAGGAAGAAUGGAACAAGGAGUUAGAGGUGCUGAAGAGUACUCAACUUCUGGAGGGAUUCUUUGCAGAAGUAGACACACUCAUUGACUGGACUACAAACGAACAAAACAAUCUGAGGCAUUCGCAGAACUAUUUUGACCUAGAACGAGCCAAUGCUGCAGCAAUGGAGAUCUUCGCCCGCUACUCCAAGCUACGACAAUGGUCAGCCAGCCUGUGCAAGGACGUGCCGUCAGAGGCAGACAGCAUAUGUGCUGCCAUGAACCGACUUGACCUGGCCUGCGAGGGCCUGACUUCUCAGUUCAGGGGACGCAGCAGAGAGGGACUCUCUCCGACACUGGAUCAUGAGUUGCAGCAGUUUCUGGAGCUUGUCAGCACCACGGAGUCACGCCUGAGGGCUUCUUGCGACGAACCUGUCACCACAACAGCACAGGUCGAGAAACUUCUCACGGAGCUUCAAGAAACAGAGGUGAUGAUAGACGGCCAGCUGCAGGCCCUGCGGGACACCUUCCACAGCUAUGGUGAGAACACAGAGGGAGAAGUGUUCUGGCUUGCUAGGGAGCAGGUGGUGCACGUCAAGGGACAGCUAGCCACUAGAAAGCAAGCCCUCAUUCAGGCAGGGCAGUUUCUUUGUUGCGAGGAAAAUGCGCUUCAGCUGGUUACGUGGCUCGACAAACUCGCUGUUCGCCUCCAGCCCAAAUUUGGUCAGGACGACUACGAGCUGACAGCGGCAGAGCAUUCCAGGCUUGAUGAGCUGGCUCGUGGCACAUAUCAUUAUGGUUUGAGGCUCCUGGACGAUGCUGUGAGGUUAAGGAAGCAGGUGUUUGCCGUGACAACACCCAGCAAUCGAGUUGCAGACGCUCUCUUCGAUGCAUGGAUGAAUUAUGUCGCCAUCUCCAAGAGCUUGAGAAAUCCACAGCGUGCCAGUACCCUUGGCACUGCUGGUGUCAGAGCAUCCAUCAGCUAGUAUGGACCGACGGGAAUGGUGCCUCAACUGCUACUACCAAGGAACGAAACUGUGAGCAACAAGAGGGAUAAGUGAACAAUGCGUGGCGCUGGCUACAGUGAGGCUCGUAGCCAGCCUCAACUUAUGAGACAAGCCCAUGGCACCUCCUGGUCAUGUACUGCGAGCCCAGUCCGAGGGGAGUCCUUCAAGGCUGCAGUCUCGGCACACCCAUGGACAGGCAACAGACGUCUUUAUUCAGCACAAACCAAAGAACGGGAGUAAGUAGCAGGGAGGAGCUACUUAAGCAGCAGCAGGAGCCAGUGGAGUGCAGCAAAAAGGCGCUGCUUCUCUCGGGGCACUGUCUUCGAGCUCAUCAUGCAGCCCUGCAAGUGUAAAUGGAAAAGCCACCGACAAAACCUGGGUGCAAACCUUGGUGCAGCUGCUGCAUUAGAAGAAAACUAAAGGCUGUACUUUACCAUGCACGGCAUAGGACUUUGCAUUUGCUGUGUACAGCCAAUGCAAAACCUAGUUUCUGGGCAAUUAGCACUACUACAAAGAGACAACUUAGUCACUGAGAAAAGAGAGCAGAUCUUCCUCAUUUUUGAUCGCCCAUGACAAUGGGGGAAAAUGUUAUCACCCACAUGUCAGCACUGUGCUGAAAAACCCGCAUUACACUGCAAAAUUUGGUGUUCAUGCUCUGUCAAGCACUGCCACCCUAACCUAUUAAUUAUAUUGAGCUAGCUCUUGCAUUUAGUGUGCCCUUAUUAAGAAGACCAUAAGAGAGAGAGAGAGGUUGGAGGUUAACAAAGGAGUUCUAUAAAAGCCCUAUGGAUCGCAUAAUGAGCAGUAACGAAAAAUGAUAAUAUAGCUUAACAUUAAGAGAUGGAAAGACAAUGGUGUAUAUUAGCGAGCAAAUUGGGUAACUAGUAUUCAGUUGAAGAUUCAAAGAAAUGGAGUUGGGCAGGACAUGUAAUACUUAGGGAUAACCGAUGGUCUAUCAGAGUUGCAGAAUGGGGGCCAAAGAAGUGCAGUUCAUGACAGCGGAGAAUUUCAUGGUGUGAAGAAAUGAGGAAAUUUGCAGGCAUAACAUGGUGUCAGCUGCCUAUAAGACAGAGGUAAUUAGAGACCGUUAGGAGAGGCUUUCGUCGUGCAGAACACAUAUAGGCUUACGAUGAUAAAUGGAGAGAGCAGCUUACAGAAGGGCCACCUACAGUUUUCUUUAGCUGUAGCCAUCUUUGCUUGUUUACUAGCCACUUGCCAAAUUUGUAGAAUUCACAGUUGGGCAGGUUAGUAGUACUACUAGUUUACCAUGUCAUAAUGUGGAAGGACAAGGUGUUCUCUGCAUUAAUGGCAUGUGAUACUUUGCCAGGUUUUGUGAAGUCAGAUCUCACUUUUUGCACAUGCCACUUGACAGAACUUGCUGCCUUGGGCAUUCUUUAUUUGCAUCAUUUUACUUGCAAUAGGAAGUUAUAUACAUAGUGCUUGCAGCAGUUUGUGAAGUCCCCAUGUCUCCAGCCUCCUGUCUAUCAUGUGUGCUUCUGAGGUGCACACUUAUUCGGUAUUUUACAUCUAACAGAAAGUUAUACUUGCUGUUUGUACUGGUUUGCAUCACCCUGUUUGAAACCUCGUGCGUGCCAUCCCUCUCAUCGUGCAAGAAAGAAGGCAUGCAGAAGACAGAAAUGGUGUGCACCGAAAUCUCAGAGGCAACAGCCACGAUCCACCGAGCGGAUUCUAGAUGGAACCACAAUAUUGCGCCUCAUUAAACAGGAGCUUUCACGAAGGCACAGAGCACUGCACCUUGCUAGCACAAGUUCAUCAACAGGCACUUGAAACAACAAUUGAUCAUAUGGUGCACAUGUAUUAGCAGUCACCGUGUGAAAGAGAGGCAUGAACUUGCUAUCACAAGUCUCUUGAGUGGCAGUUUCAUUGAAAGAGCAUUUAGUUUGUUUUUUUUUUUUUUUCACAUUGUCUAGUUCUCGCGUUCAUUGAAGUACAACAGAAACCUUUGAACGUCAACGAAGACCUUUCACUGCUGUGUAGCAUUAUGUCUUGCAAAAGUGAAAGUGUUCCUCAAUGUAAUGGCCCACUGUGGCCCUCCAUUUCUCCUGUGACUUGCUGUCUGUUUGUGCUAUUCCAAAGCAAGUUGGUGCCAUGUGACUGCAAGGGUUCUUACACCUUAGUGCAUAACAACUACAUCUCCCUAAGGUUACUAAAAGUUCAAGCCAUGAAGCAAGGUUUGGGUGUGGGCUAGUUAGUAUUCCAUUGUUUGAAAUAUUGCUUACAGGGCAUACAAGGACAAGAGACCAAGAGAACAACGAAGACAAGCGCUUUUCUUCGUCAUUCUUUUGGUCCCUCGUCCUUGUAUGCACGGUAAGUGAUGUUUGAAUCAAGCCAUGAGCUGGUUAUUGCUGCCAUAAGGAUGGGCAAUCACAUUCCUUUGACAUCAGCAUAUUUUUUGUGUCUUUCUAAUAACCUUGUCGUGUUUGCCAACUGGGAAAAAAAAAGAACUUGCAAUAGAACAGCACAAAAGACACAUAUAGGGGGUUGCUCCAGUAACAGAAAAAUAUAUCGUACAUACAGAAAAGAUAAAAGUAUCUCAUAUUGUUCAAGUAAGUGAACUUUGUGGAGCAUUAUUCUGCAGGUGUACACUUGGAAAUUAUCAAGAACAAAGAUCCUUGCUUACUUAUAAGUGAAGCACAGCGUUAACUAAACACAAAAAAGGGGUGAUUGGUCCAGCGCUCCCUUUCACAAACAAUUGUUCACACCAAGCAACCAUGCCUAUUGUUGUAUUUGUGAAGUUAUAGGGAAUAGCAUGUCGUCUGCAUCAGCUUGCGUCUGCUGACACAAUGCUUCUAUGUAUAGUAUAUGACAGGAGUGCUGAGUGGGCUCAGAAAGUGAGAUUUGUUACAUCAUGGUCUUGCCUCCUCUAGGUGUAUGAAAAAAUAUUUUUGUGUUGGCUCCCAAGUCCUUGUUCCUUUCUUUUUUAUUCUUUUAACAGAACCAUUCUGUUGCUGUUAAUUGAUAGGUGAUAGUCUUCACAUGCCCAACUUGUAGCAUGUGGUCAAGUGAGCAUGUAAAACUUCUUACUGGGGCAGAUAGCGACCACUGAAUGGCUAGUAUUGAGCUAAUGAGAUUUUAUUGUGUCGCAGAAGUGAGGAUUGAGGACAGGCACUGAAAUAUAUUCACCAGUACAGAUUAAGGAGAGAUAGUACUAGCAGGAUGGUUCUAUUGGCCUAACACUCGCACAUUGCUGUGAGCUGAUCUGAGCUCGGCACCGUUUUCUCUGUAGGAUUUUAUUGAAUAUUUUAUAAUUUGACAAGCUGAUAAUGUGAUGCUCUUUAGCUGAUCAUGUGAGAUAUCAAUUCACGAUUGAAAUUUUAUGGUUGAAGGACAGAUCCGGACAGUCAGUUUUAGAAGUGCAUUCAUUGGGGUGACGAUCUAGAUGUGAAUGCUGUUGACUAUCACUAGAGGAGCUGGGUGUGCUAGUUUUAAGGCCAGAUCAGUUUGUGCUAGUUUCACUCUAGUAGAUGUGUGACAGGUAUUGAGUGACCAAACUGCACCAUUCCAUUCAUUUCACAAUUCCUUUCCUUGUUAAAAUCACUGGCAUCAUUCACCUUCUUUAGAAAUAGACGAGAAGAUUCCAAUCUGCUGUGAAGGCUCAGAUGCUACAACACUGUGCUGCUGAGCACAAGGUUACAGUUUCAAUUCUUUGUUACCAUUACCACAUUCUAAAAGGGGUAAAGUAAUACGAAAACACCCUUGUGAAGAUAUGGUGCACCUCAGUGUCUGUUUCACAGGGGCAUUUCUUCACUGGCCUUCGACAUUCUUAAGCUUUGUCGAACUCGAAGGAGUUAUGCCUCGGUUAUGUUUCAUAAUCUGGCACCAAGCACUUGUGGCAGCAUACUUCUUACUUUUUUUUUAUUUUUGUGUGUUUAUUUUUGUAGAAUGUUUUUUAAGCUAUUGCACAAUUCAUAUAGAAUUUUUUGCGAAAUUUCUUUGCGCAUUCUUCAUGGAGUUGGGUCAGUCCACAUCAGCUUGGCUGCUGACUCACUAGAAUAUCGGUCUAUGGACUUUUGAAAUGGUUUUUCAAAACCGGCCUAAAGAACUGCACGUGGUAGUUGAAAUUGCCCUGGAGCCCCCUACCACAGCACCCCUGAUUGCCGAGGUGUAGGUUUAGGGCAUGAAAUUUAAGUCAGUUGUUCUGCCAAGUUUACUUUGAUAUUACUUUACCUGUGGUAGCUUUAAUAGCUUCGUUUGUACGUGAUAGGCAUUUUGAUUAUCUAGGUAGGACACUAGUUGGGCUAGUCAUUAUGGUGUUGCUUUUGCAAGGUUAUGAAUGAGAAUGGAUGAAAAGCAGAGUGAGCAAAAAUACUGACAAGGGUGCUGGCAUCCUUGUGUGUUCUGCUUCACUGCGCAUGUGACCACUUCCUUUUGUGUGUGUGCUUGCUGGGUUAUGUUAGGGUACUCAAAGUUAAUGUGUUAUUAUGUUGAUUUAAUCAUGUUCCAAGAAUGCACUAGUACAUCUUGUAUCGUUGUGGAAUUUCAAGACCUGUUCGGCACAGGUUUUCUAAUAAUUAUUGACAUAUUGAUAAUUUGACGUUGAGAAUUUAAAAAAAUUUCUGACAGAACAAAAUUUCAUAAAUUAAUUAUUUUACUUAUGUGUCGUGCUAUUUCUUGUUAGCUUACUGGUGUGACAUUUUGUGUGCACCCUUUAUGUGAAGGGCCUCAAGGUGUUUGUACGGCUUCCAUAAAAUGUUGCACUCAUUGUCUCUUUUCAUAUUGGCCCACCUGAAGUGCUUCCAUUAUCUCUGUAUCUCUGUAAAACAGCAGCUUACAUUAGCUGUGAGUUUGUCACUGUGAACUGUUAUUCUAUAAAAUGGCAAGCAAUCGACAACAUUACAAAAAACACAGCUGCUGAAUGGUCUAUGCUUGAAAUACUUAGGGGUGUGUGAAUAGCAAUUUUUCUGACCAAAUUAAGUAUGCCAGAGGUGAAUUAAAUUCGAUGUUGGAAUACUUUUAGAAUAUUUUUCACAUAAAGAACAGCUGUUUUCACCAUUAAUAUAAUACAGUGUUUGCAUUUUGAAAGUUCAGUGCGGCUACACGCAAAGAAAUGAACAAGUCGACACGAUGUUCACAUCCUAGUAUAUUCACAAGGUUACCAGGUGUCAUUACAUUGCACGUUACGAAGCACUUUUAGUAAAUGAACAAAUGAAUUAUUAGUAAUAAAUGAGCAGUUUUUUUUUUUUUCACAUAUGCUCGUGAUUGCAGUUCAAAAGGAAAAGUGUGGCUCCCUGAGCAAUGUAGUGUGCUCCACCACAUAACUUGUCCUGUUUUACAUUCCAGGCUACUGUUUUACAAAUGUUUUACAUUUAAUCCAGGCUAUUGCAGCCUGGAUUAAGUUUAUCACAUCUUUGCACCUGUUUUGUGUUGGACUGCACCCGCUUGAGGAAUUUAAAUGCUUGCCAUGUGUCCGAAAACAUUCAUAUUUAAUAAUAUGACUAUUACAGUUGAACCUCGAUAUAACGAACCUCGAUGUAACGAAAUUUGUGAUGUAACAAACUAUUUCCAUUUCCCAAUCUUCGUUGCAUUGAAAACUGUAUUUUUUUUUCCGAUUUAACGAAGUAAUUUCUUGACGUGACACGGUUUCGAUUUAACAAAGUUUUCGACUAUCUCAAGCAUGAGCUUGGAGCCUGUAUGACUAGUUAUCUAGCAAAAAGUAUAAAAAUGUCGGCAGAGGCAAAAGAUAUUUUCAAACGUCUUUCUUCGUGAAAAGUUUGAGGGGCAAAACAACCAUCAAAAGUGCGCAUGACGGUACGCGAUAGGGAGGAAACACUGCUGUGCCAUUUGUUGCAUUGGUAAACAUCUUGCAGAGGCAGCGCGGCAGCUCACAGUGCUUGGAGAAAUGCGAGACCUGACAAUGCCUUCUGCAGAGCGAGGGAUGGGGAGGGAGUGAACACACGGUAAUGUGAUAAGCACACCAUGGGGGGGAGAGGGGAGCAGAAAUGCGCGCAUCUUCUCUCACACAUACACUUUCUCCUUGGCAAGUGCAAAGGAAGGUCGAAAUGGUUGGUGUCUUCAUGUGCAUUUUGUUGUUCCCACACGUGUAAUGUUGGUAGGCGCGUAAUCUCACGUUUCCAAGACACUACGUGAAGUGCUCGCUCACGUUGUGCGUGACUGUGAGUUCGUGGUCAUCGAAUCGGAUCUGUUAAUGUUUGCCUGAGCGCGCGUGACACUGAUAAAGCUAUGAACCUUACCUAGUGUAGUUGUCUCUUUGCCAUUGUCAUCAAUGCUCGGACUUUCUGGCUAAACUGACUUCUCUUUUCUUUUUUUUUGUUCAGGACGAAUACCCUUAGCUUCUUAUAUUUUUGUUUUACAGCAAAGCUGUAUACGGCUAGUUGAUUUGGCCGUCCAUCCGUCUGUCGCCUGUAUGCCGAAAAAACCUCUGGCGCAAUCCCAUGCGCAUACGUAAAAAAGAAGAGAAAGAGGUGCAUGAUUGGCUACACCAGUAGUGACAUCAUUGCUCUCCAUCACAGCCGAGCAGACGCAAAUCAGUUUCUCUCCGGCUCUGAAAUGGGUAGGCCAUGCGUCCCAUGCGUAUUCCUGAGGAGCAGGCACCUUUCGAUGAGCAAUGCCGUGAGCAGAACUUGGAACGAGCUCAUCUACACUUUGCCGAUGUUGCAGUCCGGGCACAAGAACAGGCUCGUGCAGCCAAGAGCAAGCAGCAACUGCAUACUGAGGAUCCAGCAGCCUACCAAGCUGUCGUUUAAUGAGCCGUCAAGAUUAACGCAGUGAUAAACAACAGGGCUGGGUGUUUCAGCUUUGCUGGUUAACCUUCUAUAUGGAGUGCUUGGGCGGUGUUUUCUUGUACAUUUGCAGUGCUGCUACAUCGUACACUUCACAUUUGUGCAUACUGUAUACUAGUGUGCAAUCUAUGUGGCACUAAUACUGCGACAUCAUCGUUAAUUUGCGGGCGACAGCUGCGGGCACUAAGUGCAGUUAAUCAUGGUGUCCAAAUUUUACGGAACCACACGACGCAACAGACGCAUAUCUCGGACCCCAUAAGCCUCGUCGAUGCACCGCUUCCGACACGAUCUGCACCGCAUGCGCUGGCGCUCAUAACCGUGCUAUUAUGGUCCGACCUUCUUGCAAUUUGUUUAUAAGCACUUGCUAACAAGAUACUAUCCACCAGAAAUGCUCUGGAAAUAUGUGAAGUUGUUUUUAUUGCUGAAACUUUCAAACCUCGAAUUAACGAAAUUCGCGAUUUAACGUAGUUUUUCGCUGCACGUACAACUUCGUUAUAUCGAGGUUGAAUUGUAUUCAAUUGCACACUAAAUUAAGUAUUAAUUCAUUAGUCUAAAGUUCUGAAUAUUCGCACACCCCUAGAAAUAUUAAUUUCUUGAAUAUAGUGCUUGCAAAGCUAGCUUUCCAGGAACUGAUGUGCCAUCAUUGCUGUACUGAAUCUGCUGUACUUUACAUGUUGCAGAAACUGACGUCUUCAUAAAAGGCAUUUUUUCAGCAGGUAAACACAUCAGGAACUUGUAGUUAAAGAGUUAGGGGAAACUGCUCAAAACCAUGCAGUGGAAGGUGGGUGGGAUGGCAGCAGCUGCUGCCAGAAACAUGGCAAGUACUGGCUUCAUUCAUUUUUAAAGCUCACCAUAGCGAAAGGCUAUAAGUUGGUACACAUUUACAAUCUGAGCAGGAUUAUUAAAGAAUGUAUGGAAUCUAAUGAAAACACAUGUUGCGCGAGUUCUUAUUUGGGUACAUGGCUUGACACAGGGCUGCAGAUCCACCCGUUGAAUGCACAUUGAGUGCAACCAUUUUCUUUGAAGCACAAAUUAUGCAGACUAUUCACAGAUAGGUGAAUGUGCAAGGCUGAGAUGAUACCUGUUCUGUUUGGUGUAAACUGUGGCCUGAAAAUGCAAACGCAGUGUACUUGAGAACGCAUUAUGUUACUUGGAAAGCACACAUCAUUGCAAUGUGCCCAAGAGCCCAAUGUGCGCUCAAUAUGUGGAUCAGGGGCUGAAUCCUGCUGAAUCUGCUGAAUUCGAAACAGCCUGCUGAAUUCAAUGGGACCCAUGUGAACUGCUUGCAUACCAACUUUGACACACGCUACAUUCCAGAAAGUAGCAUGAGCACAUGAAAAACGGCAUGUUUGGGCAGACUUCUAAGAUGUUUCCUGGUAAGCUUGUUCAUAUUACAGUCUCAUUUUAAAGCAAGCUUGAAACAUUGUUAUGCUGCAUUACAUUGCUAAUUUGUUAUGGAGAAUUUUGCCUAAGGUUCGAGAAUGUUUGCCUUAAUCAUUGUGAUAUCAGGACAUGCAAAAAAAGCACUCUUGCUUUGUUUAUGUUUUUCUUUUUGUAAGCUGUACUCGCACUUUUAGCAUUGCUGUAAUAUGACAGUCAUUGUUGAAGUCACGACUAUGUGGCACAUUUAGUCUUGUUUUUAGUGUGUAUUUUUAGUCUCUGCUGCUCAAUGAUAACUGCUUUACACUGUUAGUAUAAACAUACUGUGAUCGCACUUGUAGCCUGAAUGCUAGUUACUUUUGCACCUGUAUUUAAGUAAUGUGCACGGAAUAAAGCUCAAGUUAUAUUGUUCACUAA